UCACUUGUCACUUACAUUUCUCCAAAUUUCCACACAAAUGGCUCUCUUUCUCUGCUUCUUCCUGUUCCUCCUCCUCUCUUCUUCUUCUGCUUCUGCUUGUGAUCGCUGCCUGCACCACUCCAAGGCCGCUUACUUCUCCAACGCCUCUGCUCUUUCAGCUGGAGCUUGUGGAUACGAUUCCUUGGCAUUAGGCUUAAGCGGUGGUCACCUCGCUGCUGGCGUUUCGUCCCUUUACAAAGAUGGAGCUGGUUGCGGUGCCUGCUUUCAGAUAAGGUGCAAGAAUCCGAGUCUGUGCAGCAGUGCAGGGACUAGGGUCACACUAACCGAUCUCACUCAGAGUAACCAGACGGACUUUGUUCUUAGCAGCAGAGCUUUCAGGGCCAUGGCUAACAAAGGCAUGGGCCAAGCCAUCUUGAAACUUGGGAUUGUCGACGUUGAAUAUAAAAGGAUACCUUGUGAAUACAAAAACCAGGACUUAGCUGUUAGAGUAGAGGAAUCAAGCCAAAAACCAAAUUACCUGGCGAUCAAACUGCUGUACCAGGGUGGUCAGACAGAGGUAGUAGCCAUGGAUAUAGCUCGGGUGGGGUCGUCAAACUGGAACUUCAUGAGCAGGAACCACGGUGCAGUGUGGGACACGAGCAGGGUCCCGGCCGGUGCACUGCAGUUCCGAUUUGUGGUCACGGCUGGGUUCGACGGCAAGUGGAUCUGGGCAAAGACUGUGCUCCCUGCUGACUGGAAAACUGGGGUUACUUAUGAUUGUGGAGUUAAAAUCACCGACAUCGCUAAAGAAGGUUGCUCUCCUUGUGAUGACGGCCAUUGGGGAUGAAAUUAGAGGAUCUUUGAUUCCCCGUUACACAUAAAUUCGAUUUGUCUCAACAUAUAGUGAAAUUUUAAUGGUUUAGAAGAUGGAUAUAUGUAAAUCUUCCUUUCUCUAUAUUUUUUCUACA